GCACCUCAAGAAGAGAAAAAUUCAUAUGGAAUUGCCCAGCCAUGUCCUGGAAUUAGAUCUCGAGCGACUUCUUCUGCCCGACCUUGUUCGAGCAAGAGCGGUAUGCAGUAUGCUCUUCUUGGUAAUCCUCUGCCGAAGCCAUCGUUUCUCGCUUUGCCAAAGCUCCAUGGCUCUUCUCUCAUUCCAAGGAAACUGACACUGGUUUUGUUGAUAUCAACCCGCUUCAUGAGCCUGGAAGAAACCCUUGUUUACCGAUUGAAGGAAUCAACAUCUAACGUGUUUUCCAGCUUCCCCUGCAUCGGAUCUUCACACGGGUGGUUGAUUAUUUUGGACUGCACCACUUUCAGUCCCUUCCUGUUAAACCCUUUCACCGAGGAGCAGAUCCACCUCCCACCGCUGGAUCCUGUCUUUGGCGAGAUCUUGCUUGUUUUGAGGUUUCUCCCUAACACGUGGAGGUUUGAGGGCCUUGAAGAUCCUGGCGACAUUAAAAGAACGAAGCUGUUUCAUGUGUACAAGUUGGAUGCGGAAAAGGAGGAACGGAUACAAGUAGAAUACCAGGGAGAUCGCACUGGGUUUGUUGGUGUAAAUCAUUCCAUCUCAAUAUCGACAAAAGGAUCUUCAGAUUGUAAAGGCAACUCGAUUUACUUCACUGGUAAUUAUUGGAUUGAUCGUGAUGACCGGCAUGGGAAUGAUACUGGAAUAUAUAAUUUGGGAGAUGAAGAUGGAAUUUUGGGCUCUGUUUCUAAAAUUGAGUCCAUGGGUGUCCUGCCUAACUGUUGGUAUGAAAGAACUUACUCCACUGCCAAGGAAACUUGGGAUGCUUUGCAGAAAAAAUAUGACUUUGAGGAGGCUAGUGCGAAGAUGUAUGCUGGUAGCCAAUGGCUACGCUUCCAAAUGGUGGAUGACAAGUCGGUGGUGUCACAAAUUCGAGAGUUGCAAAUGCUUGCUCAUGAGUUUCAAUUUGAAGGCAUACGAAUUGAUGACAACCUUGAAGUUGUAGCCAUUAUCGACAAGCUACCGCCUUCACGAAAGGAGUUCCAAAAGAUGAUGCAUCACAAGCAAAAGGAGAUCACCGUGGGAAAUCUAUUAACUCGUAUUCGAGUUGAAGAGGAGGCAAGAAAUCAAGAUGCUCGAACUACAAAUGGAGGCAACACAUCAAAGGUACACUUUGUUGCCACUAAUGAUAGCUUUCCCAAAAAUAAUAAUUUUAAAUAUAAUGCCCUAUUGAGAUCUAAGAAGAAAUUUGUGAAAAAGAAUUAUGGAAAUCAUUCUGCUAGGAGACCAAGUCAAAAUUUUAAGAACCAAGGACCUCCUUCAAAACAAAAUAGCUAUACAUGUUUUGUGUGUGGCAAGCUUGGGCAUACUGCUAGAGUUUGCAAAUUCUGGAAGCGUGGGCCUACUCCACAGGUCAAGGCAACCGAGGAGCCCUUUGUGGCAAUGUUAUCUGACAUAAACAUGCUUAAUGGCAGUGAGGGAUGGUGGAUUGCUUCUAGUGCCGCAAGGCAUGUUUGUAAAGACAAAUCUUGGUUCAAAACAUUUUCUGAAUAUGAUGUUGAAAAAGAAGUGAGACUUGGUGAUGGUCAUACAAUCAAGGUUCUUGGCCAAGGAGAUGUGGAAUUGAAUUUUCCCUCUGGAAAAACAUUGACUAUCAAAGAUGUGCUUUACACUCCUCAAAUGAGGAAAAAUUUAGUUUCUGGAUUUCUUCUUGGUAAGGCUGGCUUCAAAGAGGUUUAUGAAUCUGGGCAUUAUGUUUUGACUAAAAAUGGUAUAUUUGUUGGGAAAGGCUAUGCUUGUGAUGGCAUGUACAAGUUGAAUAUUGAUAUGACUAAAGUUCCUUCAACUGUAGCCGCCAUUCAUAACAUGCUCAUCCAUCAAAUGGAUGUUAAAACGGCAUUUUUAAAUGGAGACUUGCAUGAAGAAAUUUACAUAGAUCAACCUGAAGGUUUUGUUAUGCCUAGCCAAGAGGACAAGGUGAUUCUUUAUAUGUUUCAAGGUAGCAGUGGUGCUGUGAGUUGGAAAUCUAAGAAACAACAAAUAAUUGCAAAGUCAACUAUGGAGGCAGAGAUGAUAUCAUUAGCACUAGCUUCUGAAGAAGCUAGUUGGCUAAGAGAUUUGUUAUUUGAAAUUCCUCUAUGGGAAAAACCAGCACCUCCUAUACUCAUUCAUUAUGAUAGUACUGUAGCUAUUUACAAGGUGAAUAACCAUUUUUAUAACGGUAAAUCCAGAUCUAUUCGGAGGAAACAUAGUAUUGUGAGGUCCUACUUGGAUAAUGAGACAAUCCAAGUGGAUUAUAUACCAUCAAGUGAAAAUAUUGCUGAUCCAUUUACAAAAGCUUUGGCCAGAAAGAAGAUCUGGGUUACAUCGAGGGGAAUGGGAUUGAAACUCAAAGAAUUCCAAAUCCACCUUCCGUCGUUGAAUUCUCUCUUUGGUACCUCAAAACUUGGCUGCUGGAAAGGCCUAAAACAAAAUUUGGUUUUAAAAGCUAUUCUAACGUCGGAUCCCGUCGGUGAAUGGGGUAUUGUUUUCAUCUGCACAGCUUUUAGCAAGCUUGGAUUCUGUAAGAACGGCACGGAUUCGUGGAUGGAGCUCAACGGUGAUUAUGAAGACAUUAUCUGCUGCAGAAACCAACUCCAUGCAUUACACUAUUGUUGAUCUCCUUCCGUUGAUAUAUGGGAUUUAGGAACUUGUCCAACAAAAAGGAUUGCAACUACCGCUAAUGAAAAUAUACCCAAGGAAAUCACUGGACAAAGCAUAUUACUUUAGAAAAGGUCAGAUUAAUCCUUUGGGUUACCUGGUUGAAUCCGAAGAGGAGAAACUUUUGUCAUUGAGGAUGACUAUGACGACAUCGAUGGCGAUGACUAUGACAACAUAAACAGAACGCAGCUGUUUCAUGUGUAUAAGUUGGAUUCUGAAGAGAAAAACUGGGUAGCAGUAACAUCCCUUGGAGAUCGUGCGGUUUUUGUUGGUGUAAAUCAUUCCAUCUCAACAUCGAUUGAGACUCUUUGGAAUUGUUAGGGGAACUCAAUUUACUUGCAUGGCAAUUAUUGGCUUCAUGAGAAUUGGUACGGGCAUGAUACCGGAAUGUACAGGUUGGGAGAUGAAGAUGGAAUUGUGAGCUCGAUUUCUAAAUUCCAGUCCAUGUAUGUCCGGCCAACAUGUUGGGUUGUCCAAGCUGCAUACACACUGCAUGAGGAAUUACUUUCAAUCUUCAAAUUGUUUGUCAUCACCACUGGUUGAAGUGUUCUUUUCCCCCUUUUUUUUUCUCUUUUAAAGAAAUUAACCUAGUCAAU